AUGUUUCUGAGCGCGCCGGACCCGCAGCUCCGGCACCCAGCGCCCACCCAACCCCGGUCCCACUCCCCGAAGCCAACCCCCGGGGCCUGGCGUCAGGCUGGAGCAGCCAAUCCAGCCUCCUGCAUCCCAGAUUCCCCCGUAACCCCUCUACCUCCAGUGCCGGGGCUCCCUGCAGAACAGAGCGCUUCUCCUUUUAGCGCCCAGGGUACUUCGGUGUCCUGGAAGCGCCAGAGCGCCUCGGACAGCCUGUCCGCUGGGGUAGGAGAAGGUUGGCUACGAGAUUGGUUGUGGGAUCAGGCAGCCUACAGCAUGUGUGUAAAAUCCUUCCUUCGUCAAGAGGGGAUCCAGCCAGCCGGCGUGCUGGCAGCUUGGGGGAUCAGAGAAACAUACUUGAAGUGCUUUACCACGCUCAGAUUCUUGGAGAGGAUCGUCUGCCCCACAUUCCCAGCCCCGAGGAAGAGCAGAGUGAUUGCAAAGGAAUGCCCACCCUGGCGCUGGCCCUUGUCGCUGAGGAUUGAGACCAUUCUCACUGCUGUGGGUAGUUUCCCUCUACCUGCCCCUCACCUUGUUUUGUGGGGACAGUUUAAUUACAAGGAGAUGAAGUCUGUCUUUCAGGUUUUCCGUUCCUCUGAGAGGUUCCUGAGGAGAGCUAAGUCAGUAGUGUUGUUUCAAUCUUAUUGAUGAGAACGGAAGGCUGAAUGAGACCACAAUCCACUAUUUACUCAAUCAUCUGUUUAAAUUUUCUGUUUCUUUAGACUUGAGCCAAAGAGUCUUGUUAUAUUUUUAGUGAUCAUGGUCAUCA